AGCAAAUAAAGACUUAUAAUUGCCCUGUUUUUCUUGCUGUCAUGUUUGCUGUACACCAGGCAGCCUUUAUUCAUAAGCAAAGGUAAACUUUUGGCCUGUGCAUAUACAAUGUCCAUGAAAGGUCAAAACUUUCCAAAUCUCCAGCGUCCAUAGGCUAUUAGGCUUACUGGUUGAUCAUCAGCUCCUGAGGCAGCCUCCGCCUGAGUUCCGCCAUGGAAGAGAGCUUGCUAUUGCCAAAAUACAGAGAAGAGCAACAAAGAAGCAGUAGAAAUUCAAGCAGUAGUAGUAGUUGUCUAACAUGGGUUUCUUUUUUUGAAGAAGUAAAGAGGUUGGGAUGCAUAGCAGGACCAAUGGUUGCUGUGGUUCUAUCCCAGUACAUGCUGCGGUUUAUUUCAAUGAUGAUGGUUGGUCACCUGGGUGAACUUGCACUCUCCAGUUCCUCCAUAGCCAUCUCCCUCGCCGGCGUCACCGGCUUCAGUCUUUUCUUGGGAAUGGCAAGUGCACUGGAAACUUUAUGUGGGCAAGCAUAUGGAGCUGAGCAAUAUCAGAAACUUGGACUUCUAACGUACACUGCUAUAUUUUCUCUCAACAUGGUUUGUCUUCCUUUAUCUUUGAUAUGGAUAUACACGGAGGAGAUACUGAUUUUCACCGGUCAAGACCCUGCGAUUUCUCGCGAAGCCGGAAAAUACACAAUCUUGCUUAUUCCUGGUUUAUUUGCUUAUGCAACUCUUCAACCGCUCAUUCGAUACUUUCAAACACAAAGUUUAGUAAUGCCUAUGCUCGUAACCUCUUUCGUCACCUUUUUAUUCCAUAUUCCUCUCUGCUGGAUUCUAAUAUUCAAGUCUGGAUUGAAACACCUUGGAGGAGCAUUAGCAAUCGGCAUUUCCUAUUGGUUGAAUGUGAUUUUUCUUUGGUUAUACAUGAAGUUUUCCCCUGCCUGUUCAAAAACUCGUGCUCCAAUUUCGAAGGAUAUAUUCCACGGUAUCGGAGAAUUCUUUCGCUUUGCCCUCCCUUCUGCAGUAAUGCAAUGCCUUGAGUGGUGGUCGUUCGAGCUGCUUAUAUUUCUGUCUGGACUUUUACCAAAUCCGGCUCUUGAAACUUCAGUUCUGUCUGCAUGUCUUCUGGCGAUUUCAACGAUCUAUGCAAUACCCUAUGCGUUUGGUGCUGCAGUAAGUACUAGAGUUUCAAAUGAACUGGGAGCUGGUAACCCACAACGUGCUCGUAUAGCUACUUUUGCUGCGAUGUUUCUUGCAGUCGCAGAGACAAGUAUAACAACCACGACCCUCUUUGCCUGCCGGAAAGUAUUUGGUUACACUUUUAGCAACGAGAAAGAAGUCAUCGAUUACGUCACAAUCAUGGUUCCUCUAAUUUGCCUGUCUGUCAUACUAGACAGUAUGCACGGGGUCCUUACAGGUAUUGCUAGAGGAACUGGGUGGCAGCACAUAGGGGCUUACAUCAACCUUGGAGCAUAUUAUCUUUGUGGAAUCCCCGUUGCUAUCGCGUUGGCUUUCUGGGUUCAGCUUAGAGGAAGGGGCCUUUGGAUUGGCAUACAAGUUGGUGCUUUUGUGCAAGUCAGUCUGCUCGCUUUAGUAACAUGUUGUACAAAUUGGGAAAAGCAGGCAAGUAAGGCAAGGGAGAGGAUAUUUGACAGAAGCCCCCUGGAAGUUAAUGCCUUGUGUGACAAGGCAGAGAGUAAUUAGUUUUGAUUAGCACAUUUCUCUCUAUCGCGGGAUUAAGGAGAAAGCAUUAGCUUUAUCCAUUCUUCAUGCACCGAAAUUUUUUGUAAUAAGACAUUCGAAUAUGUUUGACACAUAUUGGCUUGUGACAUUCUGUCUU